GAAAGCGACAAGCGAACGGCUUUGCUUAUUUAAAGGCGCUCUAAGCCGUGCUGAUUCAUCACCAUCCUCAUCCUCACCAUCCUCAUCCUCACCAUCACGGGGUCACACAGAGCCGCGCCGUGUUUGUCUCGGCUGGACAUCCACCCAGAGGAGCCUUUUAACCGCUACACAAAGGGGACAUUACUGGAGUAAGCCUCCGCUUAUUUUCCGGAACAAUUACUCCAGAUCUGUGUGGUUUACAAGCGGCUCUCGUGGCAUGACGACCACUAACAAGGGAAACAAAGCCUUGAAGGUGAAGCGGGAGCCAGGCGAGAAUGGCACGAGCCUCACAGACGACGAGCUGGUGUCAAUGUCUGUGCGUGAGCUCAACCAGCACCUGCGUGGCCUCUCCAAGGAGGAGAUCGUACAGCUGAAGCAGCGGCGGCGUACGCUCAAGAACCGUGGCUAUGCCGCCAGCUGCCGAGUCAAGCGUGUCACUCAGAAGGAGGAGCUUGAACGCCAGAAGGCUGAGCUCCAGCAGGAGGUGGAGAAGCUCGCUUCAGAAAACGCCAGCAUGAAAGUGGAGCUUGAUGCCCUGCGCUCCAAAUAUGAGGCACUGCAGAGCUUUGCCAGGACUGUGGCUCGUGCUCCUGCGGUGCCCAUCACCAACGCGCCUGUUCCUGUCUCCGCCCGCGGGUCUCUGGCCUCUGUCAUCGGGCCGCUCGUACCGGGGAAAGUGGGUGCCACCAGCGUCAUCACGAUAGUCAAGUCCAAAACAGAUGCUAGGUCUUAGUACAGGCCAGUGAGGGGGGAGAGAGAGAGCAGGAGGGAUGAGGGAGAGAGAGGGAAAGGGGCUUGGUCAGUGCAUCACGAUUUAGGCACGGGACAGAUUCAGUAAGGGUGCAAUUGUUCCAGAUUUGUGAGCUGGAACCUGACAUGGAGGACUGGUGUCUAAAAAGACAAGUGUCCUCAACAAAUCCUGAUACUUCCACUUGAAUUGGUCAGUACAGUAUCCUUCUGUACACACACUUCCAAACCAAAACCACUACCAAGGACAAUUGGGAUGAAUGGGCUUCCAGAAAAAUCUCCACAUUUCAAAGAAAUCACAAGAAUUUGCAAAAGAAGCAGCAAAACUGUUUUGUCCCUCAUGACUGCAAUGAGUGCUGGAUUUAUAGUCCUUAUAUUUUGUGGUGGUUUUU